CAGGGUUGCCUCACCCCAUUUGUAAGUAGGGAUCCGAUGUAAGUCGGAUCCAUGUAACCCGGGGACUGCCUGUACAUAUCCUUGUGUACUAUCUUAUUUAUAACACAUCAGGAAAAAAACCCUAGCUGCUUAACUACAUAUUAAAUGUUUACUUGUAAUUACAAUUUGAGAUUUCAAGGAAUAUCUUCAGCUCUAAAAUUAACAGAAUAUAGUCUUGUAGUUCUAAAUGUGACAUUACCUGUAAGGAGUAUUGAUUUAAAAGAAAAGAAUGAAAAUUGCACAGUUUGGCAAAAUGGACAACUAACUGGAAUGAGUGUUGGGAAAAUCUAUUAUAUAUUCAGAGUGAACAUGCUGUGGAAAAAGAGAAAAUGUUUACACUGAUUCAAAAUGAUGUGAAUAAUAAGAUAAAAUUAAUCAAAGGAUACUUUAGGCUCAGUAUCUGAAAGAUUUUCCAGUUGUGGGCCACAUCCUUCCAUCUUGAAGCUAUAGGAACUGAGUUUGUUCUGUUAUUCUUAUAACUUGCUGGUGGGGAAAAUAAAGCACAUUUUUCUGAUCUUUGCCCCUCCCAAUACUGGUCUCACUGCUACCUGAUCUGUCUUCUGUGUUCACUCACCCCUCCACAGGAAAGGGAACACUAUAGCAAAAACACUUUCCCAUAAGGAGCAUAAACAAACAUCCUAAAAUCAAUUAAAUUAUGGAAUAGUACCCCAAAGGAAGAAGAAGAAACCCCUAUAUUGUCUUUUUACAAUUGAACCAAAUGAAGAAAUAGAAAAUAUACUGUAGAAAAAUAAAAUCCUCAGCACUGACAAGAUAGUCUAGUCUCUUCUAUUUGUAAUUUCUCAGUAUGUGGAAAACAAGUGUUACUCUUAGUUAUAUUAAAUAUAUACCUAUUAUUAACCUAUUGUUUUUUUAAUAAUGGUACUAAGUACUGGCAGCAUUUUAGCACAAGUUGUUAAUGUUAGCAUAUUUCAUAGUACUUUUAUAUUUGAAUGUAAAAAAUAUAAAAAUUGUACUCUAGCAACAUAUACAUCAGGAAUAAGUAAAGCAUUUGCGCUAGUACUUCUGAUAUGGAAAAGUGUUUACUGAAAACCAAUUUUGCAUUUUAUGUCAAACUAAAUCAGGACACAAAAUAUCAGUUCAUACCCAUACUGGUUGUAAUAAGCAGUCAUGUUUUAUUAUAGAAAUACUGUUCAGUGUUUCAAGGAGUGUUUUGUUAUUCUCCCCUCAUAAAGGGAAUUGACUUGAGCAAUUCCGUAGGCAGAAUGUAUUUCUUGGAAUUUCUGUAAUUUAUACUAAACAAAUAAAAAAGUAUCCUACUAUCUAUGUACAUGAAUAAGAGUGCAUGCAAUAAAAUGGAAGCAAACAAUAAUCCUUUAUCGAAAGACUGCAAAUAUAUUUUUCAAGUCACUGUGGUACUGACCAGUGUUCCUUGUAAACUGUAACCACUCAGGAGAGAUUCCAAUGCUGCCCAGUUGAUUAACAGAAUUCCCACAGCUAGUUUUUGUUUGUUUGUUUCUGAUGAGGGUGCACGUUCACACAUGCUUCCAUGCACAUAAAAAUAUAUUCUGCACAUGGAUGGAAAAAACUAGAUGUGUAUUGACAAGAAUUUUUCUUUAUAGCAUUGUAUUCUAAGUGUUCAAUAUUGUAAAUCAAUACUUUUGAAACAUGUAACAUUAAAAAUAUUUACAUAACAUGCAGGUGUAGUUUAUUACAAUGGAUAAGAAUAUGCGGAUUGUAGCAACUUCUGGAAAAUGAAUCAAUAGAAAAUAAGAAAAUGUCUGAAGACAUGCAGUGUUUCAAAGAAUUUCUCUUUUUUAACUUAAGUGGUUAAGAAAAAGAUGCAAUAUGGGAACCCCUACUGCUAUCUCCUGUGUUAAUUCACAAAUGAAAUAAAUGACUUUGAGUGGAGGGGCAACUGAAGUGCCAGUGCUUGAUAGCUUCCUAGCCAAACCAGUCAGGAUCAUCUGUUAGAGGCAACAAGAUCUACUGGCAGAUCCUGACCUACUGGUUGGUGACCUCUGCUGCAAAGGGUAUUUUGCAGCUAUAGUAACAUUCUAUGCAUCUGUUCAUUGUGGAGGCAACUUGGUGAGCCAAUCAGACUCAGCACACGGGGGUCUCAUCGGCUCUGCAGACAUUACGUGGUUUUAAUCGAGGGCCCAGAUCCUGCAAACUGACCUAAGGCAGCACCCUAUCCCCACUUCCCUGGGGGGCGCUCCGGUGCUUGUGUGGGGCAGCACAGCUAAGCCGGCAGGUUGGAGUCCUGGCCAGCUGAGGCAAACCCUGCUCUUCGCAAGGGGGCCCGGAAAAUUGGUGUUUCUAAGGCGCGGAGCUGUGCCAGGUACCCGGCAGGGCCCGGACUUUUACCGCCAGCUGCGCAAACCUAAGGCCACCGAGAGAUACAAAAGGCGCCUCCUCCCGCCGCCCAACGCGCGCCAGGCAGCCCGGGGGCUCCUCCCAGGGCUGUGACCGCGGUCGCAAAGGGACCGGAGCGCGCGGCGCUCUCUGGGCUGGAACACGGAAGCGAGAUGCGCUUCCCGCCCCUCCCACAUGGGAAACUGGCGCCACUGCGCACACGUACGAUUGCUAGCGCGCAUGCGUGUAUUGCAAGGCCCAGCGUGUUCAGGCGCUAACGACAGCAGCACGCGCAAAGGGCGGGGCGUCGCGUCCGCUGUGUACGGGUGCCCGCGGGCGCCUUCCUCCGGAUUUUCGUCUCCCGACGCGGAGGCGCUCGCUGUCAGUGGCGCCGCCCCGAUGGCGGCUACCGGGAUCCGGCGGCUAGGCGUGUGCGUCUUGUGCGGGUUACCGGCGGCGGGCAAGUCCACUCUGGCGCGGGCGCUGAGGGACCGCCUACAGCGGCGCGAGGACCCAGGCUGGGACUGUGCCCUCCUGACCUACGAUGACCUCAUGCCGCUUGAGGCUUUCAACCAACCAGAGACAGAAGCGGGGCAGGUAGCGCAACACCCAUUGCUUUCUCGCUGGAAAUUGUACCGACAUGAACUGUUGGUGUACCUCGAACACUUUUUGCAAGCUCUUAUUAAUGGAGAUCAUUUGUAUGCUCCACUAAACAGAACUGAAGCAACAUGGAAAAGAUUUGUUUCCUGUUUCAAAGAACAAGGAUUAAUCUCUUCAGAAAUACAUGAUGCCAAAUCUUGUCAUUACUUAAUAAAUGCAACUGCUUCCAGACCACUGUAUUUAGUUUUGGACGACAACUUUUAUUAUCAAAGCAUGAGAUACGAAGUAUACCAGCUAGCUCGGAAAUAUUCAUUGAGCUUCUGCCAGUUAUUUUUAGACUGUCCACUUGAGUCAUGUUUACAGAGGAAUUGUCUGAGAAGUCAGCCAUUACCUGAUGAGACCAUAUGUCUAAUGGCAAGAAAAAUAGAAGUACCAAAUCCAGAGAAAAACACAUGGGAACAAAAUAGCCUGAUCCUGAAAAGUGUUGAAUGCACUUCAGAAGAUAAUUUGCAGGUGAUUAAUUUGUUGGCUACUGCUUUGGAAAAUCCAGAGAAACAAGCUGAAGACAACACCGAACAAAAGGAAACAGACAGAGCCAUUUGUGCAGCUAGUAUUCUUCACCAAGCUGACCAGGCUUUCAGACGAAUUGUUUCUCAAAUAAUGAAGGAUGUGAAAGAUAAACAUAUAUGCCCAAGUAAGAUGAAGAUUCUGGCAGAAGAACUUAAUAAGCUUAAAGCAGAGUUUUUGGAAGAUUUACGACAAAGGAAUCUUCAAAGUAAUGAAUUUGUUACAAAUACCAUCACUUCAUUCCAACAAGCAACAGACAACAUAGUGAAGAAAGUUUUCCUUUUAAAUGAGCACACUGUAUUUUCAUCUUAAGGAAUGCCAG